CUUCACGGAAGCAGUCGGUGCCGCUGAUGGCUGCCUAGUCAGUUUAGCAGCAGGAAGAGGGUGUCAGCUUAGAAUGAAGGGAUAACAUUAUAUGAAUAGAAUACAUUUUAUCAACCGAAAAGGUUGCUGGAGAGUAAUUUCGUCGGACCAGCGGGGAGUUUGGCUCCUAAUUUACUGGAUAAGAGGCGGACUGAAAACUGACGCCGGAUAGUAAAAAAAAAAAUGUCCCUGUUUCAGUCAGCACUGGAUUUCUUAGCCGGGCCCGGCUCGUCCGGAGGGGCCAGCCGGGACCAGAAUGACUUCGUUGGACAAGUUGUUGAACUCGGUGACAUGAAACUGAGAAUCAAACGGGUGAUCGCUGAAGGUGGAUUUGCUUUUGUGUAUGAAGCCCAGGACAUGAGCAGUGGGAAAGACUAUGCUCUGAAGAGGCUCCUGUCCAAUGAGGAGGAGAAGAACAAGGAGAUUAUACAGGAAGUUUGCUUCAUGAAAAAGCUCUCAGGCCAUCCAAACAUGGUUCAGUUCUGCUCGGCUGCAUCCAUCAGCAAGGAAGAGUCAGACACCGGGCAGGCAGAGUUUUUGAUCCUCACCGAGUUGUGUAAAGGUCAGCUGGUGGACUUCAUCAGGCGUGUGGAGCAGAGAGCUCCUAUGUCAUGUGACACCGUGCUGAAGAUCUUCUACCAGGCUUGCCGUGCUGUGCAGCACAUGCACAAGCAGAAACCUCCCGUCAUCCAUCGAGACCUAAAGAUUGAGAACCUGUUGAUUAGUAACCAGGGCACCAUCAAGCUGUGCGACUUUGGCAGCGCCACCACAGUGUCACAUUAUCCCGACUACAGCUGGUCUGCACAGAAGAGGUCAAUGGUGGAGGAUGAGAUUACAAGAAACACUACCCCAGCAUACAGAACACCAGAGAUGAUCGAUCUUUACUCUAACUUCCCGAUCAACGACAAACAAGACAUUUGGGCUCUCGGAUGCAUCCUCUACCUGUUGUGUUUUAAACAGCAUCCAUUUGAGGAAGGAGCCAAACUGCAGAUAGUCAAUGGAAAAUACUCCAUCCCUCAGAACGAUGUCAAAUACGCCGUGUUUCACGACCUCAUACGCUCCAUGUUGAAGGUGAAUCCCGAUGAGAGGCUGUCUAUUACAGAGUUGGUCAACCAGCUGCAGGAGAUUGCAGCUGCUCGCAACGUCAACCCCAAGUCUCCAGUAACAGAACUGAUGGAGCAGAACGGAGGAUUCGGAAACAAUGGAGCACAGCCACCCAUGCAGAUCCAGGGUGUCCAUAACAGUGCAGGACCAGGAGUGUUUGAUCCUGAUCAGGCAGGAAGUGGAUUCCUGGACCUCUUGAGGGGAGGAACAGAGCGCUUCUUGACCAACAUUAAAGAUACAUCAUCUAAAGUGAUCCAGUCUGUAGCCAGCAACCCGAGCUAUGCGAAAGGAGACUUGGACAUUUCUUACAUCACCUCCAGAAUAGCAGUGAUGUCUUUCCCAGCAGAAGGGGUGGAAUCUGCAAUCAAGAACAACAUUGAGGAAGUCCGUCUUUUCCUGGAUUCACGGCAUGCCGGCCAUUACGCUGUUUACAACCUCUCCAGACGAUCAUACAGGCCUUCUCGUUUCCACAACAGGGUUUCAGAGUGUAACUGGCAGGUGCGCCGUGCCCCCAACCUUCGCAGUCUCUACAGCGUAUGCAGGAACAUGCAUCAGUGGCUCAAACAGGACCAGAGGAACAUCUGUAUAGUACACUGUCUGGAUGGUCGUGCUGCAUCAGCAGUGGCAGUUUGCUCCUUCCUAUGUUUCUGUCGCCUUUUCACCACAGCUGAGGCUGCAGUCUACAUGUUCUCCAUGAAGCGCUGCCCUCCAGGAAUUUCUCCUUCACACAAGAGGUACAUUGAGUAUAUGUGCGACAUGAUGGCAGAAGAGCCCAUAAUCCCCCAUUGCAAACCAGUAGUCAUUCAUUCCAUCAUCAUGACUCCAGUGCCACUGUUCAACAAGCAGCGCAACGGGUGUAGGCCGUUCUGUGAGGUCUAUGUCGGAGACGAGAGGGUCCUCACCACCUCGCAGGAGUAUGACCGGAUGAAGGAUUUUAAGAUGGAAGAUGGCAGAGCAGAGAUUCCCCUCAAUGUUACAGUUCAGGGAGAUGUACUGGUGGUGAUCUAUCACGCAAGGUCUACACUGGGUGGCCGUCUCCAGGCAAAGAUGGCUUCAAUGAAAAUGUUCCAGAUCCAGUUUCAUACAGGUUUUAUCCCAAGAAAUGCAACUACUGUCAAGUUUGCAAAGUAUGAUUUGGACGCCUGUGACAUUCAGGAAAAAUACCCAGACUUGUUCCAGGUUAAUUUGGACAUUGAGGUGGAACCUAGAGACAGACCCAUCACCAAGACCCCACCAUGGGAGGGCUUCCAAACCAAGGGGCUAAACCCAAAAAUACUCUUCUCGUCUCGCGAUGAGCAGCAGGAAAUCCUGAGCAAAUUUGGUAAACCUGAGCUCCCUCGCCAGCCUGGAUCUUCUGCUUUUUAUGAGUCAGAGUCGCUUCCACCAGCUCAGACACCAGAUGGCCCCAACACAACUGAAUCGGAAACCCCUGACAGCAGCGAUGGUAACCCUAGCAACUUCUUUCAGACUCUAGAUUGGGAAGAUGCUCAGAGUCCUCGGGAUGCUACAGACAGCAUAGGAGGAGGAUCCCUGAAUGAUCAGGAAGAUUUUAGUGAUCAAUCAGAGGGAGAGUCUUACUCUGCUCCCAGUGGGGAAGCUUUAUCCCUCGACCACAGUGAACAACUGUUAGAUGCUGAUUUUCAGACACCCUCCCCUGCACCCCAGGAAUCUACUCGUAGCGACACAGCUGACCUCCUUGGCUUGAAUUCGGACCCUCAACCUCCUGACAUGUCUUCAGUCUCCUCUGGUGCCUCUAAUCAAGGGGGGCAGGCAGGAUUGAAAGCUGCCUCCAGCAACAGUGAUCUUCUCAACGACUUGUUUGCACCCCCUGCUGGUCAGACCAGAGUAGUGCAGGAAGACCUGUUCUUCAGUGAGGCCACCAGUGGAGCCACACCUGAUUCAAAACCCAUGGGCGACCUGUUUGACCCAUUCGGGAUGGGACCCGGCUCCGGUGUUGGUUCCAGCAUCGGCUCUUCACGCCAGGCUUCAGGGGCCGACCUGUUUGGAGACUUGUUGGGCUCUGAUAGUUCAGCAACCAGCGGAUUCAGCUCAGCUAAUAGUACCACCACGCCUGCAUCAAACACCAGCCUUUUUAACCUUAACAGGAUAGCAAAAGAUGUCCCUAAGAUGACGUCCUCGGCCAGCCAGCCGGACCUGCUGAGUGGGUGGGACAGCUGGGCUGCUCGUACCACAGCCGGCCUCAGUAACACCACCAACAAACCCAGUUUUACAAACACAGCCACUGGUACGUCGUCCAUGUCGAAGGCCAAGUCUCAGACAUUCGAUCCUUUUGCAGACCUUGGAACCCUGAGCUCCAACUUACCAGGCUCUUCAAGCUGUAACUUUUCAGGGGCUUCUUUUAGCACAAAGACUCCAUCUUCCACCACCCCUUCCUCCGCGAAGCCUCAAACCCAGGCCUGGAAGUCUGGACGUCCUGCAUCUGCUCAGACCAAACCUUGGAUGUCUGGACCUGGAUCAACCCCUAAAGGAGCUUCAGCAUCUCAGCCUGCAGCCACUCAGCCCUCUAAACCCAACUACAACCUUAAUUUCUCUAGUGUCAUCGGUGGGAGGGAGGAGAGGGGAGUCCGCGGGCCUGGAUUUGGCCCCAAACCAAAGGUGAAAGAGGAUGAUUUUGAGGAACUCCUGUCCACUCAGGGUUUUGCAUCCAAGCCUGAUAAAAGGGGACCAAGGACCAUCGCUGAAAUGAGGAAGCAGGAGAUUGCAAAGGACAUGGAUCCCCUUAAAUUGCAGCUUCUUGAGUGGAUCGAGGGGAAGGAGCGGAACAUAAGAGCACUGCUUUCAACUCUGCAUACAGUUCUGUGGGAGGGGGAAACUCGCUGGAAGCCUGUGGGCAUGGCUGACCUUGUGACACCUGACCAGGUGAAGAAAUACUACAGAAAGGCUGCGUUGGUCGUCCAUCCAGAUAAGGCUACAGGUCAGCCUUACGAACAGUACGCUAAGAUGAUCUUCAUGGAGCUGAACGACGCCUGGUCAGAGUUUGAAAACCAAGGAUCCAAAGCUCUCUUCUAAAACCCUGGCCUUGACCACUACCAAACCAGACCGGACCGCACUGGACUGGAUUUGGCCCAACCAAA